AUGGGUCUUCCACACGAGGAUCCACAACAACAUAUUCUGAAUUUCUUGAAGAUUAGUGAUACUUAUAUUACUAACGGGGUCACUCCAGAUUAUGUGAGGCUCACACUUUUUCCAUUCUCUUUGUUGGGAGAAGCUAAGCGAUGGCUAAAGGCAAAACCAGCUAAUUCCAUUACAUCACGAAAUGAUUUGGCAAGAAAAUUUCUGGCAAGUUUCUUCCCUUCAGGCAAAACUGCAAAGAUCAGAAGUGAGAUAGUUGCCUUCAAACAGAAAGUAGGGGAAUCUUUAUACUUAGCUUGGGAAAGGCUCAAGGGGCUACUCAGAGACUGUCCUCAUCACAAUCAGACGAAUGAAGUGUUAUCUCACACUUUCAUAGAAGGGCUCCAUCCCCAAACAAAAAUUAUAGUCGAUGCUGCAGCUGGAGGUCAACAAUCUGGAUUGGCAAGGAGAGCUGGGUCGGAACAUGGUACAAAAAUACCAGGGGUUCUUGAAUUAGAUGUUAUCUCAGCAUUGUUAGCACAUGUCUCUACGCUGACCAACCAAGUCAAUCAGAUGACCAUGAUCAUUAACAAGCAACAAGCCAAGCCAGUGCAACAAGUUCAAAUAUUUUGUGAAGUAUGUGGAGAGGGUCAAAUGAGCAAUCUAUGCCCAGCAAAUCCAGAGUCUGUAUAUUUUGUGUGUAAUGCAAAUCGAGGCCAAACAAAUCAGUAUGGGGACAACUACAAUCCCAAUAGGAGGAAUCACCCAAACUUCUCUUGUGGUGGAAAUCAAGGCAAUCAGAAUCAAUACCGGCCUCAAGCACUUCAACAAAAAUCCAGACCACCUCAGGCUGAACAACAAGCUAGCCUUGAAGGGAUGAUGAAGAAAUUGAUGGCCGACCAAGCCCAAAAUUCUAGACCAAUAGAGGCUCUUCCUAGUGAUACGAAGCCCAAUCCUAAAGCUCAAGUCAAUGCAGUUACCUUGAGAAAUGGAAGAGCAUUAGAAAAAGCUCCAAAGAAAAAGAAGAAUACAGCUUAUCAUGAAGGAGAAUUAGUUCCCAAGCCAGUUGAGGGGAAUGAGAAAGAUGAUAAAGCACCCAAGCCAGUAAUUGAGACUAGUCCACCACCUCCAUUUCCACAAAGACUGCAGAAGCAAAAAGAUGAUGCUAAGUACAAGAAAUUCCUAGAUAUUUUGAGCCAAGUGAGUGUGAAUUUGCCUUUGGUGAAAAUUUUGCAGGAAGUGCCUAAGUAUGCAAGGUAUCUCAGAGAUAUUGUGGCAAACAAACGAAGACAUGCAGAGUUCGAAACAGUUUCACUUACUGAAGAGUGCAGUGCCAGAGUUCAGAGUAAACUUCCUCCUAAGUUGAAGGAUCCUAGGAGUUUCACAAUUCCUUUGUCUCUUGGAAAACAAAAAGUUGGUAGAGGCCUGUAUGAUUUAGGGGCUAGUAUAAAUUUGAUGCCAUCCUCUUUGUUCAAGCAACUCGGAUUGGGGGUGCUUAGACCAACUACAAUCACUUUACAUUUAGUAGAUAGGUCACUAGUCAUGACAGAAGGAAUUAUUGAGGAUUUGUUAGUUCGAGUGGGAAAGUUUAUUCUUCCUGUUGAUUUUAUUAUUCUUGAUUACGAGGUAGAUGAGGAAGGGCCCAUUAUUUUUGGGCGACCAUUCUUAGCUACCGGUGAGCAAUUAUUGAUGUGA